CAGUCAGUCUUAGUCUUGGUCUUGUCUUGCUUGUUGUUGUUUGUGUUAGUAAACUUGUGAAAUUGCGUCUGUCAUGAUAUUAAUAUAAUUUGUUUUUGUAUUACGAUUGAUUGAUUAGUUGAUGUAACUAUUUUCAAGUAAUUGAUCUGCAAAUUGUUGAGUAAAUAUACAAUUGCAAGAGAGUGUACAAUUAAACUGAUUAAUAGACUUAGACACAGAGCCCUAUUGUGUAUUCUGUGAAGAAGUUGAGUUUUCUUUGAUAUCUGACUUAUUCCCAUAGGCUAAUUCUAACAUGACAAGUCUUGUAUUAGGAAUGAGAUUAUCUUUAUUUGAUUUUCAGAGAGUUAAAGUAGAUGAUGUAGAUCUUCAUACAAAAGUGGAACACUUCAAAGUAGAAGUUUCAAAAAAAGCAAAUGUACCAAAAGAAAGUUUAGAAUUGGUUUACUGUGGUAAUAUCCUUGAUGAUGACUCUACUUUGAACGCGUGUGGGAUAAAAUCUGGAGUCAUGAUUCAUGUACUGAAGAAAAAAGCCAAAGAAAUACCCAAACCUACUCAGACUAUGUCAGAAAUUGACAUACAGAGUUUAGUGAUGGCUUUUCGAGCGUUAACUAUGAACCCUUCCUACAGGAGUUCACUACAGAAGCUAAGUCGGCCAGAUAUCCUGGAUAACAUCAUCCUAAUUACUCCAGGACUCAGCCAAGAUCCUGUAGCAAUAUCUAUGAUCCAGGAUCCAGAACUGCUGGUGCGCAUGGGAGACAUUGAUACUGUUCGCAGGAUCGUAGAAUUGCAUCCAGCACUGGCGGAGGCAGCCAAUCACAUCGCAGCUGCUGUACACGAGGAAGCUAUCGCAGCUCCCACCUCCACCCAGCCCACUACGAGUUCCGGGUACUCGUACUCACUAGAUGCCCUCAGCGACGACGACGAGAUGGACUCUUCUCAGAACCAAACACCUGAAACCCUGGAGAUAGAAUCUUACAUCGCAAUCAGCAUGGCCCAAGAGUACUGCUAUGCUAAUGAUCUGGUCCUCAAUGAGAGUAAGAGUCAGCAGAUCUUCCUUGGAAGAAAAAGAAAAUGA